AUGGCAUCCUUAGCCACAUCCCAGUUUAUAUUUCAUGAUGACACAAUAGACAUCCUUGUGGGCAACAGGGUUGUUAACAAUGUGCAGCUUACAAACUCUUGCAUCUUGGCGCUGCACAGAAUAGGAAGAUUUGAUGUGCCUCAAGUCUUUGCCGUCUAUAUCAGUAGUGAAGAGCCAGGCCUUCAUUCUAUCCUUUUCCGUCUGUCGACGAUUAAGGAUGUUGCCACACUUGUCCCGCUGAUGCGUAUUGAUAUUAGCUCCAUAAUGUCAAAUUGUCCGGGAUUGACUGUGUCCCACCUUUUUCCAGAGCAUACUAAGAUUCUUUUGUACCUUCGAGAAGAGCACAUUUGCAUCCAGUUUUCUCCGUCUUGUAUCAUUUACGCAAACAUGCGACUUUCGCACCGUGUGGAUACUGGCGGUGUGUACCGCUUUGUGCUUCCUUCGACUGCCUCAUGCAUGCUGAACAUACCGAAUCCAGAACACAUUACAUCCAUGGAUGCUAACGAGUACCUGUACGCAUGUGUAGGAAAUGCGCUUUUACGGACCAAGACUCCUAUAAAUCUUCACAUACUAAGCAGGCGACAGACGCCAAUGAUGUUUAAGAGGGUUGCAACACUAUCCACUUCUGGAGAGUAUGUUUGUCUCAAUUGUAGUAUACUUUCUGACUCUACCCUUUCCGAAAUCGACACUCACAGACCGGGUUACAAGCAUGCUCCUACAUUGUUAAAAAGGCCCAUAGAUAUUGCUCCUUUAUCACAAAAGUUUUCUCAGCAACUUCAGUCUGCUUACCCUCCUCUUCCGUCUACCUUGUUGACUCACAAGUGGCAAAAAGAGAUCUCUACUGCAUCUCAUCUCUCUACUAACAGUACCACUUUUAUUAAGCACUAUAUCAUGAAUAUCUCGGGUAGUAGUCAGACUCCUGUGUUUCUCAUCGGAACUCUGGUUCAUGACACAACAGGGUGUUUCUCUUUCUUCUCAAUUAAUAUCUACACACUCUCUCAGGUGCCAAUGAGCGACUGGAAACGGUACACAAAAAAUGAGAUGACUUCUGCAUCUAUGUUUAGACUGUGCAAGACAGUUGGAAGAAUCAAUUUGGAUGAGCUGUGUACGUACAGGUUUCCUCUUGCCACGGAAACGGAAAUGAAGCCUCAGCAACUAGGCGGUCCGUCGUUGUGUCAUACUAAGACAUACUUAGAUAACUUCACCAUCUCUCCAUUGCGAGCUAUCAACAAUUCUUUCUUUUUCUCUAUGAGCUUCAUGGCCCGAUAUACCGAUACAGACGCAUUCCGUUUUUUCUAUGCUUUCCAGGUUAACUGCGAAUCUGCAAACAUCCGCCUGGUGAUGAAGCAGAUCUACUUGUCUGUGCCUCGAGCCCCCGACUGCAAUGAGUUUGCACUUACUGAGCAAACGAUUAUCAAUAACACAAUUGCAGGGGUACAUCUGGUCUCCUUUAUAUCGGAUAAAUCGGAGAAUCUCCUAUACAUUCACGAUAACACAAAGGUGUACUUCCUUAUGAUGUUUAACGAGAAAAUCAAGUUUGUGUCCGGUAGGGAUCUCACCCUCUUCAUCUAUUCGUAUGCAAAUAACGAGCGCGAUGUCUUUAAUAUUUACAACUUAGAGCUUUCUGAGAAUUGUGCAUCCCUUCCGGCGGAUGGCUUAGAGGCGCAGGAACAUGGAGGACUGUUUGAGGCUGUAAGCUAUAAGUAUGUGUCUAAAUAUAGUGUCGGGCUGGCUGCUACAUUCUUGCGCCUGGUUGGCUUUGGAAAGAAUCUGAUGAUGAUACAAGGGAUUGCAGGAGCUGCUAUGCCUUAUGGAAACAAGACCGACAAAUUAGAUGGAGAACUAAUUAAGAUAACUAUAUUUUCUGAAAAAGACGGGAACUAUUUGUCUUCCUUCAAGUACUUAGUCCUUCCACACACAUCUCGUGACUCUUCUGAAGCGUCUCUAAAGCACGCACUAUUUACUAGCUUUGAGAGGUAUGGGCAGCUAUACAUUGCUUUCUGCACUGAGUAUGCUGCCGACAACAGAGUUCAAAUGACCGGUGACACGCUCAAGGUGGAUAGUCUUGCACGAAUAGCUUCCACAGCAUCGAUCACUAGAACAUCCUCUAUCACGACCAUAGGGUCAGACCACUCCACUGAGUCUCUCCUUACUAUACCGUCCGAUCUUUCCGACGCGUCUGUGAAAACAUCCUCUGGCUUAAAGAACCCGGAGCCUCUUCCUGGCUUCCCGUGCCCGAACAUAGAUACCCAUUUGGAUCAGCACACUCGGAGCACAUUCAUGAUUCGAGACUUUAACUUGCUGACCAUUGUGUUUACUAUGUCUGGAAGAUAUCUUUACUCCACAGGUUUCCAAGACUUAGAAUACGAUGCUCUUCCUUCGACGGAGAAGGUUACAAGUGAUCCGUCUGAUGACCCUCAAACGAGUUUCUUUUCUAGCGGGGUGACACAAUUUCGCUGUCUAUUGCGCAGAUCAAAUUUAAUUCCUCAUCGUUUGUUCUAUGUUCUUCCAAAUGACUGCUUGCGAUUAUCUUUUAUUACCCCAUAUGAGCUGCGUGCCCCACUGCAGCGCCACAAGAUACAUGUAGAGCGCUUCUUUUUGCCAUUUCUUUCAAUUGCCACAUGCUUCCUUUCCUCUGCGCCAAGCAUUCUCAGAACAUACACUGCUCACCUGCACACAACGCUUUUUAGGCGCUUUAUUACAAAUGUGCUGACAUCCAGCCACUACCUCUUCAACAUUACUCUCCGGGACAAGCUGGAACCAGAUACUAUCAUGAAGUACGCCUUCUUCAACCUUUACGAUGUUUCUGUUUCGAUAAGUGAGUUCACCUCUAUUUUACUCUUAUCUACUUCUCAACAUUAUGACUAUGACUCUCAUCUUACAAAUUACAUCGUAACAAAAUUAUUGAUGUCUAAGGAUCUUCCAAGAGAUAGACUUCUCCCUUACCUAGUCACCGGCGUUCUCUGCUUAACAAAGCAGCUUGGGCCAAAAGGCUCAGAUAGUAUAUCUCAGGAUCUGGCGUAUGAUCUGCCCAAUUGGUUGGAAACCUACCUUUCUGCUGAUCAUGUCGCUGUUGAUUAUACAUUGCUGGCUGCCCACUCUGGGUCUGUGCCUCGUAUUUUCUUACCGGAAGCACAUGCUUUCAAAACAGGCCUGCUCAGAGUUCUCCCGUCUGUCUAUCUUAGGGGACUCUUUAUCGCCAUUGGUGACACAGAGUACCGCUUAUCAAAAGUGCCGAAUUCAGUGGUCACCUUCUACUAUGUAAUAACCAAUCGACUUGUUGUACUUGCAAACCUUUAUCUGCGUGCACAGAAUACCAAAGUAGCCACUUUCCUUAAAUCCCACACGUACAACGGAGAAGACAGCGCGAGAUCGUUUGAGGUCGCCAGGAAAAACGCAUUUGUAUUACUGACGAAGUGCGAUUAUUAUAUGGCAGCAGCAUGGUUCGUCUUGGCGGCCGAUUUUGAACACAUGGUUACUGUUCUUGUUGAUAAGCGCUACAUGGCCAACAUAGAUCUUGGGCUGGCAGUUUUCAGGUAUCUGCGAGACACCAUGUCUGAUUCACUUGUUAAACUGACCCAACUAUCUUCGACAUUCGUCAUCACACCUGAUCAUCUUACAUCGAUGGAAAGAGUUCUUUUUAACUCCACAAUCAAGGAGUAUGUUGUCACAGAAGAUACAGAGGACACUGGGAGCCUAUCUCCGCAAAAGCAUACAGUUAUCAAUCUGGAAAAGUCUGAGAUAUCAAGGUUGUCGUACAAGAUGUCAUCAAGCAGAAUUCACAAAAACAUCACUGAUUUUACCUCUCACUGUAUGGCAGCAUACGAUAUAAUCUACUAUUACUUUGUUCUAAGUCAAUACGAAGACAGCAGCGAAUUUCUUGCUGCAGUUAUUACAGAUGUUGUUGCUGCGAUCAUCUCGUUUACGCAGCACACAACUCUAGAAAAUGGUACACCAGCGGAUAUGCACGAGGCUAUCUCUGUGGUACUGCAUGUACUUCACAACUUCAUAUUCCUUUGCGUCCAUUACAAAAUGACAAACGAGAUCCGGAGCAUCUUGAACGCACUAUAUCGACUUUACUCAUGUAACAUGUUUGGGCCCAUUGAGAAGUUGCGAAUUCUUAAUCUGUCCAUGUAUAUUCUUGCUCUAAGCAGGCGCACAUUUGCUGCAGUGGAGGGUCUAGGAUCGUUCCUCCUACUUUCAGAUGUCAAGGUCUCUCAGAGGCAGCUCUUUAACGCGUUUGAGCUCUCUUUCGUGUCACUGAUCCACUUACACUCUAACACACUUUCAACGUCUCUGCUCUACAAUGCGUUUCUUUAUUUUCUAAACCCUAGCCGAUAUCUUGGCAGCAGCUACACAUCUCGAAUGAAGAAGCUAAGAGAGCAAUGCGACAUUGCAGCAGAAAAAGAGAUAGCAGCCACCGGGAAGGAUGAGUCUUCAGACAGUCAAUCUGACCGCUUCAGACGCAUACUAUCUACGUUUGUGUUUUACCUUUGCUUGGGAUUCUUCACUGGAGAUGGGAAGAGAGCUGCUAACCUCAUGUGGGAGAAAUAUCAGUCUGAGGUAGCAGAGCAUAUUUUGUUCACUCAAUUGAAGCGACGCCCAAGCAGAUUUGACAUAGAAAAUGCCCACCUAAAAGAGGAAAGAGUUAUCAGACGCCGUCGCCUCUGUGCGGCAAGUGUGCCUGACGGCUAUAUUGAUGACAAUAUCGAGCUUGAUAAUGACAACGACGAGAGUGACAGCAAUAACAGUAGCUAUAGCUAUAGCGAUGACGAAAGCUGUCAUGAGCCUAUAGAAGCAGACAGUGAGGAAGAGGUUAUGAUCAAGGAAAAGAGUCAUGAUAAAACUAGGGUCCAUUUGAAGAAUCGCCGCUGCCGGCUGCAGACACCAGAAGAGAUUCAGCACCUGUGCAGAAUUGUCCAUGCGUAUUUCAAAACUAUCUUUGGUUUCACACAGUCUCCUCGUAUCAUAGAUCAUACUACUCAGAUUCUAAACUCGUUUGAAGCAACUAUUCUUCCUGUCGUCAACACCACUAUUACAGCAGCUACGUCUAAGGAGAUACACGAUAUGACCGACUCCUUACUUAACUUGAUUUCAACCCUUUCAACAGGGGACGAGGCGUCUAAGCAGCUCUUGAAUUCAGUGCACUCUGAGGCGCGCGUGUUGCAAAGCGAGUCUGAAUAUCAAUCUAUGGCGACAUCGGAUAGAGAUAGCACGUCUAUUAUCCAGCAGUUGUUAUUUAAGCGUCGUGAAAACCCCACCUCGGCUAGCUCGGAUAGAGAGCUGCUUAAACAGCCAAAGCACAGAGAGAAGCGUGUGAUAACGAUCUCGGAUAUGGAGAUGCAUACGACCAUGCUUUCAGAUGCUAUGAAUGGUCCGUACGAUACUCCAGGAGAAGAUGACUAUGAUAGAACUGCGCGUACACCUUUUGCAAAGCAUCCUGUUUUACGCCGCAGUCUUGGGUUUGUAAUUGUAACAAAGAAUAACACAUUAAUGAUUGAACAAUAUGAUACCCUACUAGAAUUCUAUUCAUAUCUAACACUGACCCCGGGCGGCUACACAAGGUAUGUGCCAGCAGCCUUUAAUUCUGCACUGGCUGCAACAGCCCAUUCUAUCUCAUUGUCGCGUAAAGAGGCCUCGACUAUGGGCUUUGAAAUGCUCUCUGUUUUCCUUACUCACGGGAGCAAUAGCUUGUCACAUCUUGUGCGACAUGGCUUGUCAGCAACUAAACGUGUAGAGCCGAUGAACUUUGAUUGCUUCCUUGCAACGCAUGCUCAGAAUUCGAUUUCGGACGUUCGGAUCUCCAAUCUUUUUUACAUUUUAAUUGCACUACAUGAAUACACAAUUAACAAUGGGAGCAUGCUUCUUUUUAGAAACACCAUGCAGAGCAAGUAUGGAUUGCAGAUUCACCUCAAUCAACUUAUGGAGAAGACAAGUAACUGCCCGUACAAGGAUAUCCUUCCUGCCUACCAUGCCAUCUUUAAAGAGAUCCAGCGCAAUGCACUCACCACGGAUGAGGUCUCCUAUCUGGAAAUACUUGAGCACGCAGGCACCACCUUUGUGGAAAGAUUACUGAUAGCUAAGAAGCUCAUUCUAUUAGAGAUUUACUAUAUUAUCAGUAGGUACAAGACGGUUCCUACGAAAGAAUCGCGCAUCCAUCAUAUGAGAGCAGCGCAGGACUCCGGUGGUGGGGCGCUAAUCCCAUCAACCCUGAUAACCUUCCUCAAGAACCCGUUUGUAUGUUUCCUAAACGGGCUUCUCAACCAUAUCUUCUACUCUCCGCGGUUGGCACUGAAUGCUACACCAAUUAGUGUGUUGCAUAAGACACAGAUUUCAGGAAGUCUUGCUGAGGACUUACUGCCCGUUUUAAAGGACACCCUCUUUUGGCAAACAUACAUAGCAAAAGAUUGGAAGACAAGUUAUGCGGCCAGCGAGCGGUUCUUUGACAGCAGACUUCUAAGAUACUGCAUUUUUCUCUCUAAGUACAUCCUUCUUUACUUGUACCCCUCCUCUAUCCUUGUGUUCUCCAUCGUGCAGAAUAACAAUCCAUCAAGCACUACCACAGUGGACGGGACAAUGGUGUCUAUAGAUACCUUCGAGGAGUAUGGUGCAACAGAUGAAAGCGACAGCGGAACCUCUCUCGAUGGGAGCUCUGAUGUUCCACCAAGAUUGGCACGACGAGGUCGCUUAAAGAGCCGGGGACGGAAGGAUCAUCAGACUAGGCGUAUGUAUGACCUCAGAUUAGUGCUUGAAUACACGAAUGUUACUUCGUUUAUCCAAACGUCUAAAAACACUUUCUAUCUCCUUGUCAAGUCAAACUAUAUCAUAGGUGUCACGUUACAUAAGGACGGCGACGAGGUUGCAACUGUUUCAGCACCUAUUUCCACAAACUUCGACUCGGAGAAGCUGAUAGGUGGAUUAGAUACCAUUAAUGACUUAGGGGUUUUGUUUAGCAAAUCUAUGUACUCUGUGUUCUGCAAAGAUGGUAUCGUGGUUCCAGCAGUUCAAAAUCGCAACAUUAAGUUUGGCCUGACAGAUGCAUCGUUAUCAUUGAAAACUGCCACUAUUCAUGAUAUGGCACUAUUCACCAACUUCCAGGCGUUGGCGCUAGUCUCCUAUCUUGAGCAUGGCUCUUCCGACAACACUCCACCCAAGCUAAUUCUCGCCACGGUCAACCUUCUUAAUUGCUCCAUCAUCGACGGCAUUGAACUUGAAGAGGCAUACGUCCAUAUUGUCUUGACUAAAGUGCGCGACAUUCAAAUUCUUCUGCUUUUUGGCGCGAAAGAGUACUGCAUUCUGUGCAAGCAUGUGGCAGGAGCAACAGACACUUAUAUCAAGGCGGAAGGUGGCCUUCUUCCUGAGGACGUGGGAUCAGCACUGGUUCUUGCUGAGGCGCUUUGUGAGGGAAGCCGGGUCAUCUACAGGCUUGUCUACGCCGUGGGACGGGGUGCCGUGAAGACCCACGUCAUCACAUAUCAUGUGAACGUUGUCUGA